UUGGACUAGCAAAAUGCCGACAAAGGCGGUUUUCCCCACCUUCUACAACAAGGAGACCAAGAUCUGGAGUGGUCCGCCCAGGCCCACGGUGUACGACCACAACACCUCCGUUGGCCAGAUCAUCUUCAACUCGCUGAGGUGCUGGCCCACCAAUGUGAUUCAGAUCACCGACGACGAUGGCACCGUUCUGACCAACGCCGACAUGCUGACCUACGCCACCCGCAUCGCCCUGUUCUUCAAGAGCGAGGGCCUGACCCAAGACGACCGGGUCGGGAUCAUCGCCAACUCCAGCACCUUCGUGAUCCCCGUGGCCACCGCCUGCUUCUUCCAGGCCACGCCCUUCCACGCCGUCAACUACUCCAGGGAGCCUGCCAUCAUCAAGGGACUCUACUUGGUCACCAAGCCCAAGAUCAUGUUCAUCGACGCCCCCGACUACGAGAAGAUCAAGGAGAUCACCAAGGAGUGGUCCCCCAAGCUGAUCACGCUCACCGGAAAAGUGGAGGGCGUGCCGAGCAUCGAGGAUCUGGUGAAACCCCAUCCCGCCGAGAAGAUUUAUGUCCCCGUUUCCUUGGCCAAUGGAGGUGACCAGGUCGCCGUGGUGCUCUGCUCCUCCGGCACAGCUGGCCUUCCCAAGGCAGUGGCCCUCUCCCAGCGCCACAUUGCAUCCACCAACUCGCUGUGCAUCAGUACCGAUGUGCUGUACACCAGUGCCACCAUUGACUGGAUGACCGGAUUCUCGAUUACCGUAAUGAAUCUCAUUUGUGGCUUCACUCGCAUCAUUUCAAGCAAGACCUUCACGGCGGAGACAGCCCUCGAGUUGGUCAGCAAAUACAAGGUCACCUGUCUGGCGAUGGCUCCCUGGCAGGCCUAUGAGUUGUACACCAGUCCACUGGCCCUUCCGGAGAAACUGCAAUCCCUGAGCAUAUCCUUUGUGAUUGGUGGCUGGAUAUCGCUGGCCCUGCUGCGAAAGGCCCAGGAACUGAUGCCCAAGACCUACAUCAUGUUCUCCUACGGAACGACAGAAACUGGCGUGGUGACCAUCAACAUCGAUCAUGGUCUGGAGUGCUCGGUGGGCAGACUGGCACCGGGAAUGAGGAUCAAGAUCCUGGGCGAGGAUGGCCAGCAGUUGGGCGCGAAUCAGACGGGCGAGGUGCUCAUCGAUAUCGGUCUGAAGUGGGAGGGCUACCUGUCGAAUCCGGAGGACACACUGACCACUCUCCAGGAUGGCUGGAUCAACCUGGGCGAUCUGGGCUAUUUCGAUGAGGACAACAACCUGUAUCUGGUGGAUCGCAAGAAGGAUCUGCUGAAGUACAAGUCCAAGCACUAUUGGCCCAACGAGAUCGAGCAGAUAAUCGCCGAACUGCCGGAGGUGGAGCACGUCUGUGUGGUGGGAGUUCGGGAUGCGAGAUAUGGCGAUGCCGCCGGAGCCCUGAUCAUCAAGAAGGAGGGUGCCGAGAUCGCCGGACAAAAGAUCAUCGACCAUGUGGCCCAGCGGGUGGUGGUGGACUACAAGCAGCUGAAUGCGGGCGUCAUCUUCGUCGACCACUUCCCCAAAAACGCCAACGGCAAGGUCAUGAGGAGCUUGGCGCGCGAGGUCUUCGAGGAAACCACCAAAUAGGCCUAUCUUCCAAUACUAUUUUAAAUAAUAUUUUACAAAUUGAGUUACCUGCUUUUAAUGUAAAGAAAAACAUAAGUCUUUGUCGUUCGUGAUAAUUAAAAUGUACAUUUGGUUUUAGUUUA